UGUUAGUUUCUUUUUCUAAAUUUGAGAGAAAUGACGACGACGAUGUCAAAUCUCCCGGAGGUUUUGGUAGACGAAAUCAUCUCUAGGGUUCCGAUUAUAUCUCUCGGAUCAUUCCGAUCAACUUGUAAAAAAUGGAAAGCGUUAUCGAAAACUCAUAUUCUAGGAACAUCCUCAGCAACCGCAAGGACGCAGUUACUACUAGGGUUCACCUUAGUCGAUUACACAAUCUGUUCAGUGAAACUCGAUCUACAUAGAAUCAUCAACAAAGACGACGAUUUUGUCGAUACAUCAAAAUCAUCAGUGAACCAAGUAAAAAAAUUUGAUGAAAUCGAGAUAGCUCAACUCCUUCACUGUGACGGCUUGUUGCUUUGUGUCUUCAAAGAUAACCUCAAAAACAGUAGGCUCAUGGUGUGUAAACUCUAUUUGGGUGAAACAAGGUUGAUCAAACCUAGACACGUGUUUAACCGAUUCGAUAGAUCAGGCGUUUAUGCUUUCGGUUAUGAUGAUGAUGGUAACCACAAGAUUUUGAGAAGCAAAUCUGUUGGUGAUGGUUACGAGAUUUACAGUUUCAGGACUGAUAGAUGGAAGGUUCUUGAGGGUACACUAGACGGAGGAGACACAGAGCUUGGUCAAAAACGAAGCGUGUCUUUGAAGGGAAACACUUACUUUUUUGCUACGAAGCUAUUUCCAGAGAGACUUGAAGUAGAAGAAGAAGGUGUGGAACCGAUGGAGUCGGAAGAGAGUAGAGAUUAUAUACUCUGUUUUGAUUUCACAAUAGAGAGAUUUGGAGAGCCUUUGAAACUGCCGUUUAACUCUGAGGGUGAUGGUGAAGACAAUGUGGCUUUGUCUUGUGUUAGAGAUGAGCAGCUCGCUGUGUUAUAUCGAAGCUACAAGUCGAUUGAUAUUUGGAUUUCUACUAAGAUCCAGCCCAAUGUGGUGUUGUUGUGGAGUAAGUUUGUGGAAAUGGAUUUGGUGAUGCUCGAUGGUUUUACGGAUGGCUUUAGAGUUGGGAGCUUCUUCGUUAAUGUGGAGAAGGAAGUCGCUGUAGUUCUGAAUCAGAUCCCGAUGUUCUCUCUCCCUAAGAACAAGGCUCCUGGUCCCGAUGGCUUCACUGCAGACUUCUUCAUCUCAGCGUGGUCAACAGUCGGUCCUACUGUGAUAGAGGCAGUGACAGAGUUCUUUACCACAGGAAAGCUUUUGAAGCAGAUCAAUGCCACUAUCAUUGCUCUCAUACCGAAGACUACAUCAUCCGAGAGGUUAUAGGACUUCAGACCUAUC